UCCCGAACUGCUCGAAAAGAAAAGGUAAAAUACAACUUCCUUCCGAUCCCAUCUCCUCCAGCGCGCCGAACCAUGACCCGCCGUCGCGCCAUGCCCCGCCGCCGCGCGCCGCCACCCCAUGACCCGCCGCCGCGCACCGCCACCUCACGACCCGCCGUCGCACCAUGACCCGCCGCCACGCACCGCCACCCCAUGACCCGCCGCCGCACGCAUCCACCCCCUACCCCGCUGCCGCGCGCCACCACCCCCUGUCCCGCCGCCGCGUGCGCGCAGGAUUCGACUAGCCGGAGCAGCUGCGAGCCGGAUCCAGCCUCGUCCCCCGAGCUCCAUCUUCUUCCCCGCCUCCCUUCCGCGAACCGGACGCCUCCUUCUGGGUUCUCCGGCACCGCUGUGUCUAGCGGUCCAACCUCGUCGCCCGAGGCCGUUCACCGUUGCAGCGCCUCCUUCCGUCCGUGCAACGGGCUCCCGUGCACGGCCCUUGCUGAAGCUGGAAUUUUGGAAGAGUACUUUCAACCUGGAAGAGCACUUUCAACCGUCCAGGAAGACAACAACGACAGCCAGUAUGAUGGAUGUUGCAGCAAAAACAGGAUGCACAAGUUCAUCUUUUGUAUGCUUUUCAGUACAUCUACUUCCCAAUCGACCCGACCCAACAUCUGCCGCCAUGGCACGGCGCCUCCACCUCCCGGCGAAGGACCACCACCUUCCUGGCGACGUGCCCAACCCCGAUGAGGCCUGCCAGCCCUGGAGUUCCUGCCGCGACGCCUCGACCUCUCGUUCAGCCAUGGAUUCUUGCCAUCCACCACACCAUCAGGAACAUGAUUGAUGAAAAAAAUUUGUGUUAGCGAUCAGUACUAGUGCUCAUCAGGACGGCAAGCAGCAGUACUGAUCAGUAUGGCUUACACAAAUACUAGUACUGGUUAGUACUUUCUUAAUGAUAAAGAUGAGCAGUAAAAGAUACAAGUUGCAAUUCCAGGGUAACCUGUCUCAGAUCCUUUUCAGGUUCAGGUAACAAAUGUUUGGUAUUCUUAUAUACUUGCAUCAGUUCAGACUCGCGGAUACAAUAAGUUGAGGGAAAACUCAUACAAAAGUUCAAAGUUGACAAACAUGGGUUCUUUGUUUCAAUGUUCGCUAGUGUAUGCAAAUUGGGUUUGCAUGCAUUCAUAGUUGGAUGGCUAUUGAUCUCUAUAAAACCUUGGAAGCAGUGAUUGCAUUACUAGUCCAACCAUACUAGGUAAAACUGAAUGUACCUAGCCAGUUCAAUAACAUCAUCUCCUUGUGCAAAAAAGUAGUCAAAAAGGUCGAACUGACAUAUGCUUCAGAAUGUCACACAAAAAAAUAUUUAUCUGUAUUUGUCUUUUUCAUGAGGGGAGCCUUGGCGCAGUGGUAAAGCUGCUGCCUUGUGACCAUGAGGUCAUGGGUUCAAGUCCUGGAAACAGCCUCUUACAGAAAUGUAGGGAAAGGCUGCGUACUAUAGACCCAAAGUGGUCGGACCCUUCCCUGGACCCUGCGCAAGCGGGAGCUACAUGCACCAGGCUGUCUUUUUCAUGUUGAAUUAUUUGAAGUAAAACAAAAAUAGCUCACCUUUGUGACUUUCAUCAUUUGAAAACCUACAUGCCUCAUGUUCGAACUUUCAAUUUGUUUAAAACUAAACUGAUGGUGCUCUUGUUUCAGUGUCGGGGGAGAAGGCAGAACCUCUGGGUGCAUGAUGGAAAAAAUUGCAAGUUCUUGUUUAGAUGUUCAGGAUACCCUUCUCUCAUUUCAUUUAUGUUCAGGAUAGCAGGUGCAUGAUGGAAAAUUGUGUAUCAUGUAGUUCUUGUUUAGAUGUCGUGCAAGUUAAAAAAUUGUUGAUUUUGCCACUGGAGAGAACCCGUUGGUGCAUUGUUUUUCCACUAUGACGUCCCUUGGUAUGUUCCAUGUGUAUUUAACAGCAGGUCCAUGUAUAUUUAACAACAAGUCCAUGUAUUACUACAUGAGAAGUACUGCUAGUGAGACUUCA